AUGUCGACAAACAGCGACAACUUCGACGAGGACUUCGCGUUCACGCGCGCGCACGUGGGCGAGUCCUUAAACCUCGCGUGCGCGGUCGACGGCUCGCGGGUGAGCAUGAAAGCGCUCGAGCUCGCCUUCUCGCUGAUGCGACAGAAGGAGCGCGGCGACACGCUCACGCUCGUGCACGUCCCCGACCGCACGUCCCGGGCGCCCGCGUCCGCGUCCCCGGCGCACAUCCGAAGCGAGUGCGAGCUCAAGUGCGCCGACGCGCGUAUCGACGCCAAGUUCGUGCUCGCGGAGCCGGAGAAGGGCGGGAGCGUGAUCACCGCCAUCGCGGAUGCCGCGGAGCGGGUGCGUUCUAUCUCACACUGGUUCCCAUACGACCGCGUCGGCGUGGUGAACGCCGUUCCUUGA